ACAGCAGCAGCAGCAGCAGAGCUGGAGGGAGUGUGCUGGCUCUCUGAUUGGCUGAGCAGCGCUACGUGUACAUCAGUCAGCUCCAGGUAGCCCACAUGUGACAGUUAUCUGAAUGUGUGUGUGUGUGUGUGUGUGUGUGUGUGUGUGAGGCGCUCUCACUGACGCUCUGCUGCUCUCACUGUGCAACUUCUUUUCAUGAUGGUGCUUUCAAUGACCGGCUGCAUUGUGAGGACUUUUCUGUAAACACUUAGGAGGAGGAAAGUUAUAUUAACUUCCGAGGCCCGUUCAAGCUACACUGUCAGAUAGAGAGAGAGUGAGGUGAAGGAGGCGGCAGGAUGAAGUCCAAAGGGAAGGCUGUGAAAGCGUCCAGGAGGACCUGGUCUGACCCUGAACCAGACCUUGAACCAGACACAGAACUAGAGCCAGGCUCCAGUGAGCAGGAAGGCUCAGAGGCCUCGGUCCGGAUUGGUGGCUCCUGGAGGGGGUCACUGAGAGGUGGAGAUGGAAAGCGUCAAGGAGGAGUUGGUGGAGGCCGGAGGCGCAGACAAUACGGCUCCAGCAAGGAACGCAGUGUCCGGCGGCUUGAGAGCAAUGAACGGGAACGCCAGCGCAUGCACAAGCUCAACAACGCCUUCCAAGCAUUGCGUGAGGCCAUCCCGCACGUCAAGACUGACAAGAAGCUUUCCAAGAUUGAGACACUGACCCUGGCAAAGAAUUACAUCAAAUCCUUAACCACCAUCAUCCUGGACAUGUCAGGGGCCUGCCUGCCUUCUGGUGAGGUCCCAUCAGAGGCCAACGCUGCCAAGCUGCUCCAGUGUUACCAACAGCACCUGGAGGAGGACGGGGAGGAAGAUCUCACUCAGUACCUCACCCACGUGCACAGCUUAGGCCAGAGGAGCUAACGGUGGCUGCAAGGUGGUUUCAAAACCAGGAGAACCACCAGGAUGCUCCAUUCAAAGGCACACGUAGACUUUCAGGGGCCAAAUCUUAAAUGAUAUCCAGUUCCUACAGGUCCACUGCUCUGGGAUCUUGUCAGAAGUGGUGUUGUGGAAUGAUUUGAGAACCAGACACAAAGACUGCAGACUGGACAGUGAAAAGCAGAUGGAUUGUGGUUAUAAAGAGUGAAAUUUGUUGUUAUGCUCAGAAAAUAACAGCUAAUCUUUGAGCCACUCUGUCUUAUUUCUCAUCUUCUAUGUUAUGAGCUAUGUUAUGAAGAACUUGUUCUCUUUUUUUUGUUAUCAUGUGAUCUUAUUGUGUGUUUUCUGUUGAGAAACCUGCUCAGCAUAGCCUCCAGUCUUAACUGUCACAUCCUGGAAAAAAAAAAGAAGAAAAAAAAAUAAAAUAAAGGCAGGCCUUAAAAUUGAAAUGUUAAAUUUAGAGAGUGUGUUUGCUCAUUUACGCAUCAGGAUAAUCUACCAGCAAGCUGAGAACACGAUUUACUUGUCUUUUUACAGUGCGCCCAGAGCUGAGAGGCCCAGAUGAUGUUUAAAGUGUGUGUUUUUUGAGUAUUUGUGUCUCGAGGCAGUUAACAAGAAGAGACGUAAAACUAUCUGAGGAGUUUUUAUCAAUAAAUAUGUUUAUUUAUUGACAAGGAGGACUUAUUUUGACCAUGCACAACACAGAAAUGUACUCCACAAUGUCAAAAGCACUGAUGUGACACAGCGUGGCAUUAGUUCACAGAUAAUACACGCAGACAUCUGUACACUUUCAACAUUUCCAAAUGCUGCGUCAUGUUUAGACAGUACAUUAUGAAAUGGUGGUUUUUCAGCUCACAGAAAUUAAUAACUGAACGGAUGUAAAUUCAUCAGUGUGUGGUUCAUGAAUAUUUCUUAAUGGAAAACUACUUUGAUCAGUUUUUCUUUGUCAAAUAUACAAACACGACUCCAUCUUAAUAUAUUACGACUAUACCUACUGCAUAAUACUAAUAUCUUACAGAUUUCUAACAAAAAUAUAGUGUUUUUUUUAAAUGUUUUUCUGUCACUGCUUAGUGUUUCUACUAUCAGUCCAAAGGGAGUAGGCAGCGUGCAAAUGCAAGCAUUCUCCUGAGAAAGAGGAAGGUUCAGUAUUUUUCAGCAUUUCAACCACAAGACUUUUUGCAAGUAAUACAGACUUUUCUUUCAUUUACGUCACAUGACAAUGACAAUGAUACCGUUUUGUUAGAAAACAACAUUAAAACCUUUAUAAAAACAUUGCACAGAUGUUUGUACAAGGCAAGCAGCAACCACCACAGACAAAUGAACCAGUGCAGGUCUUGUUAACAGUUGCUGACACUGAAAAACACUUUGACUGUAUUAAAGGCAAUGGAAAAGCCUCUAAAUUACCUAAAAAAAAAA